AGCAACACAACAGAGAGGCAGAGGGAGUGCUCCAGAGACUGAAGUGAAAGUGAGGUGGGAACAAGAAUGGAAUCUGUUACUGGGGGAUCUAUCUUCACAUUAAGUGUAAUUUUUGCCAUGGCUGUUACAGCUAGUGAAGUGACUCAAAUGCCUGUUUCUGAAUCCCUCCACACCCUGGGCUUGUCUGAAAACACAUCAACUACCCUGGAGCCUAUCACAGGAGAGCUCAGAGGUGAUCCCGAGACACCAAGGACAUUGAGAGUGAGACAGCAGUGUUAUGAAGGUGGCCAGAGUUAUUGUAUGAAUGGUGAUUGUAGGUAUCACGAAGAUCAGGAUCAAAUCACCAACUACCGUAUCUGUGUUUGUAAACCAGGCUACAUGGGAGAGAGGUGCGAGCACUUGACACUAACCACCCACACGAGCCUGGAAUCAGAACGAUACCUGUACAUCUCUGUUGCUAUUGGGAUCGGCUUAGUCUUCAGUGGCCUCUCUGUCCUUCUCUAUUACUGCUGUCGAAAUAGAUGUCAGAAAUCCAAGCCAAUCUACAACAAAUGCUCUGUGGAGGCAAGAGUCUGAACUUCUGUGACUGAUGCCGGUGACAAGUGGCAAAAUAAUUGUUGGUGCUUUUAUUGAUGAACAGCGUGGUGCUUUGGUGAAACUUCUUCAACGGCAAGAAUUAACCUACAAGAGAACUCUGUCUAUUUGCGUCAACACACAAACAUGGUGUACCUUCAUAAACUGGCAAGAACUGAGCAAAUUACUGAGCAUCACUUGUUGGAUUUGUGGCCUUGAGUUCCUUAGCCAAUGCGUGAUGUUUAAGAAGAUAAUAUUUCCAUAAUGCUGAGGCUAACUACAGUCUGCACAUCAACUUCAAACAGCAGGCUGACAGGCCAGAACAACCCUAGGCCAGGUUUCCUUUCCUGGUCAUGUUGGUCACAGAAGGAGACUCAGUGUGUCUGACCAGCCAAUCGAGAUUGAAACCAGUUCCCAAACGCUAUCUGAUCGUUCUGCUAGAAAGCCCACUUUUGAGUUUCUGAUGGAUGAGCCUGAUCUCUUGAGGCCCAAGGUUCGAUUUCCAGCUGCCACAUGUCAUCUGACCUCUGUAGGACAGGUCUUGCUUAUCCUGGACUUUGGAGAAAACAGUCAAAGUUCUUACUACAGAAUCCUGAAGAGGGAAAAUGUUACACAACAGGAUCACCAGCAGCCCAGGAGCACUCAAGAUGCUGAGCAAGAGAAAAUGGAAAAAGGGGAGGCCAUUUAGCCCAUCAAGCCGCUUCCCUCCAAAAUGAUCUGUAUCUUAACAGUAGCUACAACCCUUU